GGUGGGGGAGGAAGAGGGAGAGAGCAAAGGAGGAAGACAGCGGAGGAAGAUGCAGAUAUUCGUGAAGACCCUAACAGGGAAAACCAUAACUCUAGAGGUUGAGUCGAGUGAUACCAUCGACAAUGUGAAGGCCAAAAUCCAAGACAAGGAAGGAAUCCCCCCCGACCAGCAGAGGUUGAUCUUUGCUGGAAAGCAGUUGGAGGACGGCCGCACUCUUGCCGAUUACAAUAUCCAGAAAGAAUCAACGCUGCAUCUGGUGCUGAGGCUUCGUGGUGGAAUCAUUGAACCGUCUUUGAUGGCUUUGGCUAGGAAGUACAAUCAGGACAAGAUGAUUUGCCGCAAGUGUUAUGCACGGCUGCAUCCUCGUGCUGUGAACUGUAGGAAGAAGAAGUGCGGGCACAGCAACCAGUUGAGGCCAAAGAAGAAGAUCAAGUAGAGGGAUAUAUAUACCUAUGAAUGUCCAUCAAGCAUGUUUCUAUGAAGGCUCUCAGAGCUCAAGAAGUUUUUGAAUGUUCUGUUCAAUUUUUUUUUUUUUAAAUGUUGUGACAAUUGUUGUGAACACCUUCAUUCAUACUUGGAGAUUGUUGCGACUCAAAUUAUCGCUUGGUGGAUGAAUUUUAUUUUAAUGGUUUAAGGAUUUUUACCAUUUCAGUCUGAA